AUGGCGUCAUCUGCGACACGCGACAAAGCGCUAACAGACAAUGAAAUUAUAAAACUGCUCGAGACGAGUGACUUGAGUUCCUUGUCAGACGAAGAUGAUCCUGUUGAUGAACCUCCAACUCCACCUGAAGGAAUUGGUGUGCUUGAAGUUGAAGGAUGCAAUGUGGAUGUUACUCCUGAGGCACCAGCAUCAGCUUCAUCUUCCCACUGUCGUCCACUAAGAUGGAGGCAAUCUAAGAUGUGUAAUCGACAGACUUCUGACGACAACUUUGAAGAACAGAUUGAUGGUGAACUGAGAAACCCUUCAAAGUUUUUCUUCGAGUACUUCGAUAAAAAUUUCUGGAAAAAUGUUGCAGGCCAAACUAAUUUAUAUCAUUGCCAAAAGAACUCAAAAAGUCUGGAUACAAAUACUAAUGAAAUUUUGUCCCUUGUCGGAAUUGAGAUAUUGAUGGGUACAUUGAAAUUGCCCCAAGCAAGACUUUACUGGAAUAUUGUAAGAGGUAUGCGCUGCCUCCGAUAUGCAAGUUUCGUGUGGGGAGGUUACAAUAUGCAGCUGGAUAUUCCACUUGUAUCAUCAAACAUAACAAGAGAUAGAUACUACAAAUUACGAAAUAAUCUGCAUUUUGUAAAUAAUUUGGAAGAUCAUGACGUAAAUGACAAACUUUGGAAGGUUAGACCUUUAAUUGAUGCUUUUAGAAAUAAAUGUAUUAGCUUACCCAGGUCUCAACACCUUCCUGUGGAUGAACAGAUGAUUCCAUUCACAGGGAAGUGUAAGAUGCGAACAUAUGUACCUUCCAAGCUUAAUCCACUUGGCCUCAAAAAUUUUAUUUUAGCGUCAUCAGAUGGACUUGUCCUUGAUUUUCCUAUAUACACUGGCAAAGGAACAAUUCCUGGCAGCGAUCAAAAAGAACAUGGACUGGGAGCAGGUAUACUCAAACUACUGGCUAGAACUAUACCCAAUGAUUACAAUCAUGUAAUUUACAGUGACAGAUUUUUCACCAGUUCAAAAUCUAUUCAGCUUUUACCAGACCAGAAUAUAUUUCAGACAGGAACUGUGAUGGCCAAUAGAAUAAAAGAAGUAGCUUCUAAGUUCAAGAGAGAUCAGGAGCUGCAACAGGGGCAAUGGAAUGAGUACGUAAGGGAGGACCAGGAAAUUUGUGCCCUCAAAUGGAAAGACAAUAAAUCCGUCACUUUUUUAUCCUCAUGCAUAGGGAGCGAACCAGAGGGUACCUGCAAACGAUGGUGUAAUACAGAAAAAGCAAAGGUUAGUGUUAAACAACCAGCCAUCAUCAAAAGCUAUAAUCGCAAUAUGGGUGGCAUUGAUCUUUGUGACAGAUACAUGGCAUACUAUAGGUCAAACAUCGACAUCAGAUGCAACAAAAAAUGCAACUGA